AUGGGUGACUAUAAGAUAUGUAUUUUUGGUUCUGGUGGUGUUGGUAAAUCAUGUUUAGUAAUACAAUUUGUCCAAGGAGUUUUUACGCCAAAAUAUGAUCCAACAAUUGAAGAUGUCUAUACAAAAACACUUGAAAUUGAUGAGAAACAAUAUUCAUUAGAAAUUCUUGAUACAGCUGGAAGUGAUGAAUUUUCUUCUAUGAGAGAUUUAUAUGUUAAUAGUGGUCAUGGAUUUGUACUUGUCUAUUCAAUAACAUCACAAGCAACAUUUAAUGAUGUUCAAAGACAUUAUAGUCGAAUUAUAGAUAUUAAAGAUAUUGAUACACAUGGACGUCCAGCAAUUGUUCUUGUUGGAAAUAAAUGUGAUUCAGAAAAUGAAAGAGUUGUUUCACGUGAAACGGGUCAAGAAUUAGCAAGAAAAUGGAAUUGUGCAUUUCUUGAAACAUCUGCGAAAGAUCGAACAAAUGUUUCAGAAGUUUUCUAUGAUCUUGUCCGACAAAUAGCUCGUAAAAAUCAAACAUCUCGAUCAAGUCAACCAUCACCACCAACAACAAAAAAAAAUCCUAGUGGAUCUGGCAAAGUUAAAGAAAGAGACGAAAAUCCUUUUACAUCACCAACUACUAAACCUGAAGAUAAAAAAAAGCCAUGUUGUGUUAUUCUAUAA